AUGAAGAUACAAUCUUGGAAUGUUAGAGGCCUUGGCAGGCCUGAGAAAAGGAGAAAAAUAAAAAAAAGUCUGGCUGGAAGGAAAAUCAGUUUAGUAUUGAUCCAAGAGACACAGAGUUCAACAAUAACUCCUGAAGUAGUAAAAUCCAUCUGGUACGAAGAUAAUUUUGAGUUUAUGGCAGUUGAUGCAGAAGGCAGAGCAGGUGGGCUGUUAUGUAUUUGGAAUCCAGGGGUGUUCCAAUUAAAUUCUUGCUGUGGCAACCGUAAUUUCAUCCUGUUGUCAGGUACUCUUUUUUCCUCCUUUAAUUGUGUGAUUGUUAAUGUAUAUGGCCCAUCGGAGGUGGCUAAGAGGAAAGAACUAUGGGAUAAUUUUGCUCGGUUAAAAAAUACCUUUUUGGGGCCAUGGUGUAUGGGGGGCGAUUUCAACGAAAUAAGGACCAACUCAGAAAGAAUUGGGUGUUCUCGAAGAGACAGAGGAAUGAGGGAGUUUAAUAACAUGAUUGACCAAUUAGAAAUGAUUGAUUUACCAAUGCUAGGUAGGAAAUUUACCUGGUGUAACUCACAAAUUCGAGAGAAAUGGAGCAGAAUUGACAGAUUUUUACUUAAUCAUGAGUGGCUACAAAACUUCAAUUUCAAGUUAUGGGGACUUCCUAGGAUACUAUCUGACCACUGUCCUAUAAUUUUGAUGGAGGACGAAAGAGAUUGGGGACCUAGACCUUUUAGCUUUCUGAAUGCUUGGGCUCUCCACCCCAAGUUUAUUUCCUUAGUGGAGGAAUCUUGGUCAGAAUCUCAAGUGUUCGGUUGGGCUGGGUACAGAUGUCUUAAGAAGCUUAAAGCCUUGAAACAAAAAUUAAAAGUGUGGAAUAUUGAAGUGUUUGGGAAGAUUGAAUUUAAAAUCAAAGCUGCUGAAGAGGAAGCACAUGCUAUUGAAUUAAUUGCUGAAGAAAGAGCACUCCUGGGGAAUGAACAAGCUCGAAGAAGGGAACUCAUGGGGGAAGUUUGGAGAUUGAAUAAAAUGCUAGAAUGGUCAUGGUUACAAAAAUCAAGAAUGGAUUGGGCCUUAAAAGGUGAUAGGAACACAAGGUAUUUUCACAUAAUGGCUUGUAACAGAAAUAGCAGGAACUCUCUGUGUUCAGUGAUGGUAAAUGGUGUAAGGGUUGAGGAACCUAUGGAGGUCAGACACGUGGUGUUGACUCACUUUAGGAAUCUCUUCUCUGAAACGUGGGUUGUUAGACCUCACUUAGAUGGGCAGUUCAAGAAUAUUGGUGGAAGACAUGCAGUGGAUAUGCUAGAAGCAGAGUUUACCGAGGAGGAAGUUAGGAAUGCUAUCAAGAGCUGUGAAGGCAAUAAAGCUCCUGGGCCUGAUGGCUUUAAUUUGGCUUUCUUUAAGAAAUGUUGGGGAAUAGUUAAAGCUGAGGUAAUGCUUUUCUUCAGAGAGUUCCAUCAGAAUGCCACAUUGGUGUCUGGUUUAAAUAGCUCUUUUCUUGUUCUAAUCCCAAAAGUGGACAACCCAUCACACUUGAGCGAAUACGGCCCAUAA